UGAGAUUGAAGAUAUCGGGACUGCGCUUCCGAUGUCUUACACGUCGCUUCCGAGCACGUACGAGCAAUUCGACAGAGUAUCCGCCACCCCAAACGCAUCGCAUAUGAGUAAUUCUCAUAUUCCGUACGAUCAGACAAAUUUUUUUUAUAUAUUGAUUACAUUCGGCAUCUCAUCCAUCCAUCCGCUAUAGAUUUUCAUCAAAUAACCAAAUCGAAGAUAAAGUGAAUUAGGUUAAAUCAGAAUUAGUGAAUUUAGAAUUAAUAUACUUUUCGCUUCAUUGAAGACUAUUUUUUAUACUAACUGACAUGUGCUUGCUUAUUCACUGAAAAUUAACAUUUCGCAAUUUCCUUUGAGUCGAAUUAAGAAGACAAGUUGCAGGUACAGAUCGCGACAAAAACAUCCGUGACGCGUUAUUUGUUUUCCUGUAAAAUAUCGAUAUUUGUCAGUGUCGCGGUUGCGUGAACUAACAUACAUUUGCAAGAUGGAUAUUACAACAAAAAUGAGCGCUUAUAUUCAGGACAAGGAUGCAGAAAAGCGAGAAACAGAUAAAUCGUAUAAGGAAUUCAAAUCAGCUGCCGUAGUUGCUAAUAAUGAAGUAACGUGUGCCACGGGAAAGAAUAUUCUGGCUGAAGGAGGUUCAGUUGUCGAUGCUGCGAUUGCGUCUAUGUUAGCAUUGGGUGUUGUGUCUUUUCAAAGCGGUGGUAUUGGCGGUGGAUUUUUUAUGGUCUUCUUUGACGCUGAAUCGAAAAAUGAUUACUUCUUUGAUGCUAGAGAGACAGCACCCCUCGCUUCGUCUUCGGACAUGUAUGAAGGAAACGAUUUUGCAAAAAGUCUCGGCAGAUCUUCCAUAGCAGUUCCAGGCCAGAUUAAAGGUUUUUGGGAAGCUCACCAAAGGUUUGGGAAACUUCCAUGGAGUCUGCUUUUCCAACCAGCAAUUGAUUUGGCGGAAAAUGGUUUCAAGAUGACAGCAGGUUGUGAACAUUGGCUUAAACUUACAAUGCCAAAAAUACAACAGAAUAAACGUCUGAGAGAACUACUACAAAAAAAUGAUGGAAAAUUCAAACAAGCAGGGGAUAUAAUUUUUCGACCGAAACUCGCUAAAACUUUACGUACAAUAGCGAAAGAGGGGGCCGAUGCUUAUUAUAAUGGAUCACUCACCAAUUCAAUAUUAGAAGAUAUAAAUGAUGGAUUCGGAAAUCCUUCAGUUAUAACCAAAGAAGAUUUAAUCACUUACAGUGUACGAAUGGCGGAACCCACCAAACUGAAACUUACCAACGAUCUAACUUUGAUUACAUCAGGAGCCCCAAGUGGAGGACCGUUACUCGCUUUUUUAUUAAACAUUUUAAAAGGAUAUAACAUCAAUGGCGAUGUUUCGAAAGAAAACAAGAUUUUACUAUAUCAUCGAAUAGCAGAGGCGAUGAAGUUUGCAUACUGUAGAAAAAAUCAACUUGGAGAUCCGGAAUUCAGUAACGAAGUCAAAGAAUUGAUUGAGGAAAUGCUAUCUGACGAAUACUGCGAACAAGUACGAAUGAAAAUCGACGAUUUUCAAACUCAUUCUCCAGAAUAUUAUGGCGAAUAUCAGCAAGCUCCGAUAGAUAAAGGAACUGCACAUGUUGGAAUAGUUGGAGAAAAUGGAAGUGCAGUUGCUUUAACUGGAUCGCUAAACAGUCCAUUCGGAAGUAGCGUGCUUGGAAGAAGAACCGGAAUCAUAUUCAACAACCACAUGGAAAAUUUUACUUCUCCAGACAAUAAAUCAUCAUCAACAGUAGACAGAUUCGUUGAGUUUAUCCGUCCGUUUUGCCACAUAUCGUUUCCAGCACAUCUUAUUUCUAACAAUCUGAUUGAACCUCGCAAAAGACCUUUGUCAUCCAUGAACCCAACUAUUAUAUUGAAAAAUACGCCUAACGGACCAGAAGUGAAAAUGGUUUUGGGAGGUGCAGGUGGAAUGCGCAUCAUAGCGUCAACGGCAUUGACAAUUCUACAAAGCUUGUGGUUCGAUAAAAACACAAACGACGCCGUUAAAUCAAAAAGAUUCAAUCAUUUUUGUUUUCCAAAUAUUCUUCAAAUCGAAAAUGGGAUGGACAAGAACAUAGUAAAAGGACUUCAAGAAAAGGGGCAUCAGGUUGAGAUGAUUGAAAAUCGUCUAACAACAAUGCAAGUUAUAUCACGAUCAAAUUCAGGGACCAUUGUUGCAAAAUGUGAUUGCAGGAAAGAUGGAUACCCAGAUGGAUAUUGACGAAAUUAUUGUAUAUGCGCAACAAUCACCGUUACGGUAUACUACUGCAUAAUUUUAAUUGCCUCGUGACUAUUCUCUAAGCAAAGGUAUAUUACACAGAGUUUUUAAGUAUAUAUUCUAAUCUUUCGUAAUGUAAUUCAAUGUAAUAAAGUUUGUAUAGUUGUGUUGUGAAUUUGAAUAUAUGAAUCCAAGAUGGUCUG